CCUGUAACCUUGGGCAAGGCUGCGACUUUCAUUUAAAGAGCCGUCCCAAGCAAUCCAGUUACACUCAGAGAGGAAAGAGACGACGACCAAGUGCAGUUCAAGAGGCUAAAAAGGACACAAAUAGACAAUAAUUACGAAACGGAGCGUUUUGAUUGGAUAGAUAUGGGCAACAAUGAAGGUACUACAUGCCGAGGAACUUGAUUGACAGGACAAGAAACACGUCCACCUGUUGGGUACUGAGAAGUAUUGAUGGACGACUGAUAUGGAUAUGACUUGAGGACUGUCGCUAAAAUACACUGGAAAACUCAAAAUUUCCAAGGAAGUACGGCACGGAUUUGAGUAAGACUGCUUUACUAUUCUCUUGGAGAUGGACUCGAACAGUAAUUUAUAAAAGGACACUAAACAUACCUUGUUCUAAAGCUUCAAUCAGUAAUUGCUAUGGCCAGCUCUGGGAAUUACAGACCUUUGUAAUUAAGGAGUAUUUCUAAAAAAGCAAAUAAAGAGGUUAAGGAUAUCCGGGAAUUUCGAUACUCCUAAACAAUGGAUGCCCACGGAGGACACUACCUCAACAAAGAAGCCGUGUUGUCACCCCUCGGUGCGGCCCGAAUGUGUCAGCUGCUGUUCGGCUGCACCAUAAUCGCCCUAGUGUCCCACAGCGCAGGCUACAGCGCCACCUACGGACACUUCUGCAUGUUUGCGUGGUGCUUCUGCUUCAUCGUGACGCUCAUCGUGUUCAGUCUGGACAUUACGAGACUCCACAGUUGUAUGCCGAUCUCGUGGGAUAAUUUCACAGUGGCUUUCGCCAUGCUGGCGACACUCAUGUACAUCACCGCUUCUGUGGUGUACCCGGUUUACUUCCUCGAUAUGGAGUGCUCGGACGACGAAUGCGAGGAACAAGCCUACCGAAUUGCUGUGACUGUGAUCUCGAGUCUCUGUUGUUUCCCUUAUGGCGCCGAAGUGUUCAUAACUCGGGCGAAACCAGGUGCUGUGGUCGGGUACAUGGCAACCGUGUCUGGUCUACUCAAAGUGAUCCAGGGAUUUGUGGCUUGUAUUAUUUUUGGAGCGCUGGACAAUUACAGCGAGUACAGCAACUACAUAGCCACCCAGUACUGCGUUGUUGUGUACAGCUUAUGCUUCGCAGUCACCGUCUUUGUGGUCAUAGUGACAAUAUCCGGAAGGUCCUCUGCCCUGCGGUUUCCGUUUGAUCGCUUUGUUGUCAUCUACACUUUCAUGGCUGUGAUCCUCUACCUCAGCACCGCACUGAUAUGGCCCAUCUUCAGCUUCGACAAGAAGUACAGCUCCACUGAUCGUCCUGAGAACUGUCCACGUGGUGAAUGUCCCUGGGAUAGCAAGCUGGUCAUUGCUGUGUUCUCUAAUGUCAAUGUUAUUCUUUAUUUUGCUGAUCUGAUCUACUCCCAGAAAAUCCGCUUUGUCACCAAUACUGCAGUCUGAAAAACAUCUGUUAGUGUCAAUAUUUUUAAAUAAACAGAAACUGUGCUGUGCUAAAUGAUCUGAUCUCAGCAGCUACGUCCAUCUACGGAGGAGUUCACCACUGCAGACGACGCUGGGUGGUUUCAUACAGGACUGUUGCUUUGUAAUGAUGAGAAUAUCAGUAUUACGUCAGACAUACAGUAUAAACAACUGUGUAUGAACUAUGCAUUUAAUGGUUAAAACGUAUUUCAUACACUAUAUUCAUUCAUUUUCUACCGCUUUUCCUCUCGAAGGCCGCGGGGGGUGCUGGAGCCUAUCCCAGCUGUCUUCGGGCGAGAGGCGGGGUACACCCUGGACUAGUCGCCAGCCAAUCACAUGGCACAUAUAGACAAACAACAAUUCACACUCACAUUCAUACCUGUGGACAAUUUGGAGUCGCUAAUUAACCUAGCAUGUUUUUGGAAUGUGGGAGGAAACCGGAGUAUACACUAUAUUAUAUAUACACAUUAUACAGUAUAUUUGACAGCUUGCACAGUAUUAUGUUAUUAUGCAUCCCAAAUUCUCCUAUCACAAUAUUGACCAAAACUCAAGACAGUAUUUUUUCCGCCUCGGAAAAAAAGCCGUCUUAUAUUCGUCUUCUAGAGAUUUAUACAUGCAAACUAAAAGGUGGCACCAAACUGGUUUGCAACUGAGUCAGAGCUUUUAUUCCCGUCACUCACACACACCAGUGACCUGAAGAAUUUUUUUUUAAAG